CUUCAGAGUAUGGAUACACAUGACUCUAAAGUCACUCCCGAUGAGGACAAAAUAUUCGUAAAUGAUUCUUCCUUACCACCAGAUGCACUGAUAUGUUCUGCAGGCAGCACAAGUGUUAUUGUAAAUACAGUAAACCCCUCUCAGUUGGGUUACAUGGUGGUUACCAGUGUGAACAACAAACCUGAGACAAACGAAGAACAUAAACAUAAUUCAGAUAUGAGUUUCCAGCUAGAGAACGCUUUGCCAACUACUGUUGUUGAUUUGCAGCAUGACAGAGACACAAGUGAGUCUGAACAACAGGGGCUGUCAAAGAAACGCUCCCAGACUAGUUCAGAUACAAACCCGUAUGAUAAGAGGCCGACGUCUAUCGAGGGCACACCAAAACGGGCUCGGUCAUCUUCGAAAGGCAAUGGCGCCAACCCAAACCGUCGACCACGCAGUAAAAGUGAGAGUGGGACAUCGUCUGACGUGUUUGAUUCAUUCUCUGUUGAGGACACAUUACGACAUCUGUCAGGUUCAGUGACCCCUGAUUCGGCUGACGCCAGUUUUAAGAAUGCUCCUGUCUCCAGUAUGUUGGAAGAUGUACUCACAGAGAAGAAACUGUCAUUACUACGAUCUCCUGAAGUUAUCCAGUUUCUGCAGAAACAGCAAGUUCAGAAAGUGAGAGAGAAUCGAAUCUCAAUGGGAUGACUCAAUACAAGACUAAGGGCAGACAAUUCCUGAAACCGUCACAGCCAUAAGUCUAUGAACAAGAAACAAAUUAACCAAAAAAAGAGAUGAAAAAAUCCUUAUUCCAACAAAUCUUGACCAUGAAGCUUAGAGUUUUAAUUACAUAAAGCUUGUUUUGCAUUUAUGGAAAACAACUUGUGUAUCUGAGUUAUCUGUAACAAAUGCUAUAUUAUGUAAAUAAGCAGUUCAGUUGGCUCACAAUAAUUGUUCAGGGGGACAAGCACUCACAAAUAAUUUGACUGGUACCAUCAUCUUCUAUCAUAUCAAAAACCAGUCUUCGGGAGCAUGUUUCUGAUUUGUGUGUUGGACAACUCAAGGAUGUGAAGGUUUUUGUUGGAGCAGAUUAUUUUAUAAAAUGAUUGGAAUCAAAUGGGGGGGAAAACUAUGAACAACUUUGAUGUGUGUAAUCAUUUAAAAUAUUGGUACCAGGAAAACUGUCUCAGUUUGUAAAGUGCCUGGUGGGCUGAAAAGACACAUAAGAGCAUUGAUGUAUGUAAUCAUGUAAAAUGUAUAUACCAAGAAAAUACCUCAGUUUGCAUAGUGAUGGGUUGUUCGGAAAGACAGAACAGCAAUAAUUUAUGUAAUCAUUUAAAAUGUUGAUGCCAGGAAAAUUAUUCAGAUUCGGACAUAUUGUAUUGUCAUGUGGAAGCAGUUUGUAGAUACAGUUGCACUGAACUCGAUUAUUGCUGCAUUCUGAAACUAUGUUAAACAAAUACAUCAUGUAUGGCCUGACUCCGAAACAGCUUUGUGAUUGCAUUAUGAACUUUUGGUUUUUAUACUGAAUAAACUCUGUAUGAUUGUCUGAAACAUUCCUACAGCUAACUAUAGGUUUGUGAUAUUAGUAAUAAAAACCAUAACAUUUGCA